GGCCACACGUUACCUACAGUGAAUUUAAGAAUUUUUAUUUAAUUUACAGAGUGGCAUUCUAAAUAAUAAAAAAAACUAGUCAGUAUAGUAACUAGGCUAUGUUUACUUACGUCAUUGUAAGAUUACGGGUUUUAAUAGGUCAAGUUUAUUGAACCGCUGUGAAAUUGAUAUAAAUGUGGGUAAAAUGAAACAAAUGAAAUUUCUUUUAAAUUAGACUUAUUAUCAAACAAGUUUUGGUAUUUAUUACAUAAACGAUUGGAUUUUUGACAUUGUUGCUGUAGAUAGAAAAUAAUAACCGAAAAAUGGCACAAAAUGUGUUUGGGGCGUGGGACUAUUCCAUAAUGGCAGCCACCAUGUUAAUUUCAAUUGGCAUAGGGCUAUAUUUCCGAUUCAGCGGAGGUAAACAGAAAACCAACGAGGAAUACCUCCUUGCAGAUCGCAAUAUGUCUAUACUGCCUGUAGCAGUUUCUUUAAUGGCAUCCUUUAUGUCAGCGAUCACACUGCUCGGUGUGUCUUCAGAGAAUUAUUAUUAUGGAAUGCAAUUUGUAGUCAUUAAUUUUGCAUAUGGAAUAGCUACACCAAUUAUCAGCCAGUUAUAUCUACCAGUAUUCUUUGGACUCCAAAAGACAAGCACUUAUGAGUAUUUGGAGCUCAGAUUCGGCACCCAUAUAAGAUUGUUGGCCUCCCUGACAUAUACAUUACAAAUGGUGCUCUACAAUGGCAUUGUGUUAUACGCACCAGCAAUCGUCUUAGAAUCUGUGACUGGGCUGGAUAGAUUGGUAUCUAUACUAGUAGUUGGAUUAGUAUGCACAUUCUACUCGACCCUAGGUGGUAUGAAAGCAGUUCUAUUCACUGAUUUAUUCCAAUCUGCUCUAAUGUUGAUUGCUGUGUUCAGUGUGCUCAUAUUUAGCUCUAUUCAAGUUGGUGGGUUGGGUCAAAUGUUCGAAAUUGCAAAAGAAGGAGGACGUUUAGACUUUUCAAAUUUUAGUAUAGACCCCACAGAAAGACAUACUUGGUGGUCUCUGGUCAUCGGAGGUAUGUUUACAUACAUGUCGCUGUAUGGAGUUAAUCAUACACAGGUCCAAAGAUUGCAGACAGUAAGCACACUCAAGCGAUCGCAGGCAAGUCUCUGGUGGAGCUGGCCGGUUCUAUCCAUCCUCAGUGUUUCCACAUGCAUGAGCGGCAUCGGAAUGUAUGCCGUCUACAAAAACUGUGACCCUUACAUGAGUAAAAGUAUUUCCACUAUUGAUCAAUUAAUGCCCUACUACGUAGUAGACGCAAUGAGGUCUGUGCCAGGUUUAGCUGGGCUUUUCGUGGCAGGGAUAUUCAGCGCUUCUUUGUCUACAAUUUCAGCUGCUUGCAACGCAUUGGCUGCUGUCACCCUGCACGACUACGUCAGUAGUGGGUGGUGCACAGUUCGUCCGUCCAUCGAGCCUUGGCUUACAAAACUAGCCGCCUGCGCAUACGGACUUGUGUUCUUGGCUUUAGCCUUCAUAGCUGAAUAUCUUGGAGGAGUUCUUCAGGCUGCAUUGACCAUUUUUGGAGCAGUUGGCGGACCAUUACUGGGUGUUUUCAGCCUUGGAAUAUUUACAACUUACGCUAACGAAGCUGGUGCAAGCAUCGGUCUUAUAAGCGGUAUGGCAAUGACUCUAUGGAUGAGCUUCGGUGGUCCGCGGCCAACGCCCACUAUGUUGGACCUCAGCACGAGCGGCUGCGCCCAAAAUGUCACCAUUAGACCUACUCCCGAACCAACCAACCCUAAUGAUUAUUUCUACCUUUACAGAAUAUCUUAUAUGUGGACUAGUCCAUUUGGGUUCGUAUGGGUAGUGUUAAUAGGAUCCAUAGUAUCCUUAAUUUGGCGGCACCAGCAGCCAUGGCAGCGGGACGGCCACCUCCAUCCCAACCCCGCGCUCUUCACCCCACCACUUGCGAAAAUUCUCCGGCGGAAAUAUCAUACUGACAAACCUGCUGUACAGAUGGACACAGUUGGCACAAAGCACGCUACGCUUGCGGAAGAAUAAUGCGCAUACGCACGACAGCGCGAGCUUCUGAAGCACAACGGAUUGCGGGAUUAACCUUAAAGCAGUUUUUAUUUAUGACAAUUCUAGGCAAAUUAAUGACAAUAUAAUGAAACAGAAGUAUCGCAAAUAAAAUGCACGAGUAUAAAAAUAUGUAGGUGCUUGGCAUUUAUUUUCGUUAUAAAUUAACAUUGUUAGUACUGACUGUUAAAAAGAUACUUUAAAGGAUUUAAUCUGUCGUUAUUAGGUGUAAUAUACAAUUUUAUUGUUCUUAUCACGUUAUCUUACAUGUUAACAUAUCGUUAUCAUUUCAUCCUAUAACGCUGCUGUGAUUUACUUAAUAAUUUUACAAUCGUAACACCGUUAUUAACCCCGUUACAUUCCUAAUUUCUUUAUAGUUUGUAAGUAACUGUUUAGCAAGAAAGUAUAACGGCACGUCUCACUUAAGAUUUAUGUUCAACUAUACGCCAGUUACGGUAGGCCAUGGUGUAAAGCUUAAAUUGGUUUUCACCGGUGAUAGUUAACACGCUAUAUGCCAAUAUAAAAUAAAUUGUUGUCAUAUAGCACAUAACAACUAACAUGGUAUUAUCUCAAGAAUUACGUCAUACAUAUCAUUCACAUUACUAUUUCAUUUCAAAGUGACAGUGUUGUCCUUUCAGUUCACUUGUCACUUUGAAAUUAAAUAAUGCAAUUUUUGAGAUAAAAUAUAGUUGUCAUGUGCGAUAUAUGACAUGUUUUGUCGAAAACCGGGGGUUUUAGUAUAGGUAAAGAGAUAAGUAUGGCACCUGAUAAGAGACACCGAUAUCGCGUAUGAAACAGGUGCUAAAAAAGUUUCAAAAGAUUAUGUUCUGGCAGAAAGCUGUCGAAAUGUAUGUAUGUAUGGAAAACGGUAUCCUUCGAAAUAUUGACGUUGAAAAGCAAUUUUGAUUGUUCUGAACCAUGUAAUUAAAGAUUUAAUACUAUACAGUAUUGAACGAGGCUUGUUAUACAAAAAAUAGAAGUUUACAGAGAGACAGGCCUAACAUAGCAAGGUAAUAUUUAUGUGAAAUAAGAUACGCAGUGCAAUUUUGUUGCUUGUCUUGUCUUAUUUUGGAAGUACAUCAAUAUAUCAUUCGUACCUUUGGCAUAAUAAAGUCACAUGAGAUCAUACGUCAAAAACGUUUUUAUCACAUGAAAGUCAUAAAAAAUAAUAUGAACUACAUGAAACAAAUUGCGUAUGUGUGAAAUUUCAUAACUCUUCUAUUUCAGACGACUAAUUUCAUCCGUAGUCAUCUUUAAACCACUCUUCUGAAAAGUUUCCAUUUUGCAGAUGUUGCCUUAUUACCCCAAGGGUGCAAAUUUACAGAAUUCAUAAUAUAUUUUGUGAUUUUAUAUGUACGGACAACCGCACAUCAGACUACACAUUUUUGUUCGAAAAUCGCCUCCAGUGCAACGGAACGAGAUACGUCAUUGUGUAGCUUGAUGUGCUGGCGUGUGUACAUGGUAUUAGUAGUAUUUUAUUAAUAGAAAAUCUAAGAGAAUUGAGAUUGGAUCGGAAAGCAAACACCACUGUUUGCCGCCGAAUAUACUAAAAGUAUGUAUUGUGUACUGUUUGACAUAUACAUAAACCUAUAAAUGCAAGUUAAGAAACGGCAAAAUUCCGUGACGAUUUUUUAAUUUUUGAUGAUUUAAUUCGGCUAGGUAGUUUAAUUUAAAGCGAAAUAUACAAACCAAAAUAGAUACAUACCAGAGUGUAAUUUUAAGCUAACUACAAUCUUUUAGACAUGUUAAUUGUUAUGUGACUGUGAUAACAAUGCGAUUUGUUCUUCCAUUUUAUACUGUGUAAUACUUAGUUAUAUUAAGUAGGUACCGUAAGUAAAUAUUUAAUAAUUUAUUAAAAAUAAUGCUUAUGAAACUAUGAAGGUUAUAUAGGUGGAUGUUUUGAUGGUUUUACGUAAAUGUAUUUAUAAAUGUUAUACGUAGACGAAAUAAAGAUUGCGAGUAGGUGGUGAGUUAUUGUAGUGAAAAGAAAAUGACAUUAACGAUUACAAUUAAAUUAUUUGUAAAAUCUUAGGAAGUGGUUGUUAAAAUUAUUACUGUACCAAC